AUGGCACCCGCGAUCCGCAGACUCCGUAUUGCCGUCGCAGGCCUCGGCCGCAUGGGCGCUCGCCAUGCCAACCACUUCCUCCACCGCACACCCAAGGCUGAACUCGUAGCCGCAUUCACACCCGCUGAAAACGAGAUUGCAUGGGCAAAGGAGAAUCUCGAGCCAUGGGGCGUCAAGAUCUACACCGACUACGACGAGAUGUUGAAGCACGAGGGUCUCGAGGCUGUCUGUGUAGCUACCGUUACCACAGUCCACGCCGAGCAGACAAUCAAGGCGAUUGAAGCUGGUAAGCACGUAUUGUGUGAAAAGCCGCUCAGCACCAAGUUGGACGUGGUCCACCAAGUCCUCGACACCGCAAAGCGCAACCCGCACGUCAAAGUCAUGUGUGGUUUCUCCCGCCGCUUCGACUCCUCCUACCUCAAUGCCUACAACAUGACUCUCAACGGCGACAUCGGCCGUCCCACGAUCCUGCGCUCACAAACCUGCGACAAAUACGACCCCUCGGGUUUCUUCGUCGCCUACGCCGAGUUCUCGGGCGGCAUAUUCGUCGACUGCAACAUCCACGACAUCGACCUCGCGCUAUGGUACUUCUCCGCCGAAACACGCGGCCGCACCCUGCCCCUCGUAAAAUCCGUCAUGGCCGUCGGCGUCACAGCCCUCGAACCCGACCUAGCCAAACACGGCGACGUCGACAACGGCGUCGGCGUCGUAGAAUUCCACUCCGGGCAAAUCGCCUACUUCUACAGCUCGCGCAUGAACGCCCCUGGCCAGCACGACAUGACUGAAAUCAUCGGCACAAAGGGCAAGUUGGCUGUGAAUUCAAACCCCAUGACGGGUUUGCUGGAGAGCCAUAUGAGCAAUGGGAUUAAUAGGGAGAUACCGCAGAAUUAUUAUGAGAGGUUUGAACAGGCGUUUGUGGAGGAGGCAAGGCAGUUUACGGAUGCGGUGCUUGAGGGGGGUGAGGUGCCGGUGGAUUUGCAGAGUAGCAUGGAGGCGGUUAAGAUUGGGGUUGCGUUGCAGGAUAGUUUGAGGAGUGGAAGGAAGAUCUUUUUUGAUCAGCAGGGUAAUCGCGUUGAUGAUGCGAGGGCGAAGUUGUAG